AGUCUUCUUAACUUUUGACUCUGAUUUUGUCAUUUAAUUUGUCCUACUAUCUCCCCUUCCUCGUUCAAUUCUGAAUGUGCAGAUAGCUUUGGGGUUGGGGGCUCCCACGUUUAAUACAGGAAUUAUAUUGUGGUUAAACUGCCUUUGAGUAUGUGUGAGCUUCAGCAUUUUAUUUUGAGAAUAGCUAUCUGACCCCUUCUGUAAUGGUGUUUGAGUGUUCCUGCGAUGCUGUGCUCCAGCUGUUCUUAGUGUUAAAUAAAAGGCUUUCCAUUAUUAACUUCUGUAGAAAACUUGAGGAGAAAAAAGAAUGCGUGUAGUUGAAUUGAACUGCCCCAACCUGUAGAAAAGUGGUCCAGUUCAGCUUGAAUAUUAGGAAGCAUUACCAGUAUUUGGGAGUGUUUUUGUCAUUUUGCACCACAUAAUUUAAAACAUUCAGUAGUGUGAAUUAAGUCAUCUUCUAGAUUGACUAAACAAUUAUUUUAAUUUAAGGUAAAAAAAAAAAUCCACAAACUCAACAUGAAUAAAAAAACAAUUUUUAUUCUUCCAUCAGGUCGUUGUAAUACACCUAAUGGUACAAAGACUCUAGAGACAAAAUCCCAGAGUUUUCCAGAAAGGGCCGCAGGAAUUAAGAACAUAGAUUCCUGGGUAAGCUUGUGCAAAAUGAUGACGCUUCCAGCGCCAAUAAAGUCAUCUGCUGAGAGCUUCAAGCAUUUCAGGAAAGUAGCCUUACAGAAGGCAGCUGGGCAAGCACAGGAAAAAGAGAGGGUCCACAAAGGCACGGGAUUGGAUGCCAUGGCAAUGAGAGACUGUAAGCCCCGAAAAGAAGAAGAUAUGAGCAAACAAUUGCCAGAAGCUCAGCAACACCCUCUUGUUCAGGACCGUAACUUGGCUAGAAAAAUGGAACAAGAACGCAGAAGGAGAGAAGCAAUGGCUUGUACAAUUGAUAUGAAUUUGCAGAGUGAUAUUAUGGCAACUUUUGAAGAAAACCUUGAAUGA